GCAAGCAGUCUAUCCACCGCCCACGGGGAGUGUCAGGAUUCAGGCUUCGCAAUGGCGCUUUAUUGAACUGUGACACAAGUGACCGUAUGUUGCCUUCUAGCUUGAGGAACAAUUUGCAUAUUAAGCUACUUGCCAAUUACACGCUGAGUUCAACUCACGGAGAAAUCAUCACAAAGCUGGGGUGUUUUUGGGAAUAGCUUUGCUACUCAACAACAGACAUUCCAAGAAAGCCGAAACUGAGGAAUAAACUUCUGGUAAAAGUAGAUGCGUCAAGACUUCACUGAGGGUUACUAACAAUAAUGUUCCAUCAUGAACGCGCCGCUGAUUUUUAAAGUUUUCUUAUGUCUCAGUUUUGGGAUUUGCUUCGGACUUGAAGGUUCAAAGCCCCCACCAGUGGACUCGGCUCCUAGGAUCGUGCACCACCCCUCAGAUGUGGUGGUGAAGGUGGGGAGCCCCGCCACGCUGUCCUGCCGGGUUGAGGGGACCCCCAAACCCACCAUCGAGUGGCUGCGGAACGGGGCGCCCCUGGACUGGAGCGAUCAGACUCACACCAUGUUGUUGCCGGAUGGGAGCCUGUUUUUCCUGAGUGUGGGGGUGGGGGGCCGACGGGGCCAGUCUCAUGAGGGGGUGUACACCUGUGUGGCACGCAACACGCUCGGGAAGGCCACCAGUCGCAACGCCUCUCUACACAUCGCAGCCCUGCAGAAGGAGUUCCGUGUGCACCCCAGUGAUGUGGAGGUGUCUGUGGGGGAGGUGGCCAUCAUGAACUGCAGUCCUCCACGGGGCCAGCCGGAGCCCAACGUCACCUGGAAGAAGGACGGGGUGCUCAUCAAUAGCACUGAUGUCCACUACACUGUGCUCAAUGGGAAGUUAAUUAUCGCUCCGGCCCAGAAGAACGACUCGGGCGUCUACGUGUGUGUGGCGUCCAACACUCAGGGCGUGAGGGAGAGCCAGGCCGCCAGGCUAGCAGUGCUAGUGAGGCCGGUGCUGUUGCUGAGACCAGAGGAUGUGGUGGUGCAGGUGGGGGAGGCGGCUCACUUCUUCUGUGAGGCGGAUGGAGACCCCAUGCCCCGUGUCACAUGGAGCAGAGAGCAUGGAGUGCUGCCCAACGGCAGGUAUCUGGUGAAUCCCGAUGCGAGUCUCCAGAUCCACUAUGUAACGGAGCAGGACAGUGGGAAGUACACCUGCACUGCCUCCAAUGACGUGGGGGAGGUCACUGCCAGCGCAGUGCUGCACGUGGAGGAUGCCCUGAAUAUGCGUCAGAAGGAGCUGCAUAAGGAGCUGUCUGGCCUGCGGGUGGAGCUACAGAGCGUCUCCGUCAUGGCCCCCAACUCAAACACCUCACUGAUCCAGUGGAAGCUCCAGUCCCUGUUGACUCCUCCUCACUACCUGGAUGGCUUUGAGGUGCUGUACCGCUCCCUACUUCCCGCCAGCUCUGACUGGGCAGCCAAGAAGGUGGCCCUUGCCUCCCCCAGCCUGCAGCAACUACAGGCACAGAUUGGGCCUCUGAAGAGGGGCUACAAGUAUGAGUUUAAGGUGCGACCGUACGGCAGCGGCCUCUAUGGCAGAGAGAGCAACACCAGGCAUCUGCGCGUGCCAGAGAUAGUCCCCAGUGCCCCACCUCAGGGGUUGUCGGUGACAAUGCCAGUGGACCGCAAUGACACGGUGCGUCUCAGCUGGGGACCCCCUCCUCACGACGCUCACAACGGCAUCAUCCAGGGAUAUCAGGUGUGGUGUGUGCAGUCAGAUGACCAACAGUUCUUCAACUGGACAGUAGACAGCGCCACUCACAGUCUGGAGAUCGACAUCCUGCACCCGGGGAAGCAGUACUGGGUACGAGUGGCCGCCGUCAACGGAGCCGGGAUAGGGGCCAAAAGCGACCCUCACAGACUACUCAUAGAGAACAAGCGGCAUGCGUCCCCAGCCCAGUCAGGCAGUGGCGUGGGCAGCCUGGGGGCGGUGCUGGCGGUGCUCCAGGACCCCGUGUUCAUCGGCAGCGUGGGCGUGCUGGUGUGGUGCCUGCUGAUGAUCGCAGCCGUGUGCCUCUACCGACGUCACAACAGGGACGCCGGCCCCGCGCACCACGGCCUACACAACAAGCGAUCAGGCCUGUACCGGUUAGCCAGUGAGGAUCUCAUCAUCAGACACAGGAUGGCGGCACCUGACUCCCCGUGGAUCUCAGGAGGCUGGAGGCCGGCACUGUGCUCCAAACCCUACCAGGACCUCUGGGCACAGGGACAGGACAGCCCCGUACUCAGCAAGAGCGCGUCUCUCCCCGUGUCCACCAAGAAGGACCCCUCUGCCCUGGAGGCGGUCGUCCCGAUCGUGCCCGACAGCUGUGGUGUGUACGGCACCUUCUACGUGGACCUGACGGGCGGUAAAGGGUUAAAGACCUUCAACAGCCCCGCGCGGCGUCCCAGAAUGCCCCACUUCCACUCCUCCCACUCCUCCUCCUCCUGCUCGGACCCACGUGCCGAGACCGUCAUCAUCACGCCGCAGCCGUCGCCGAGGAACAGCGGUGGCAAGAUGGCGGCCGCCCAGCAGGCCCGGGAGCAGGCUCUGUUGCCGUGGAAACGACCCCUCCCUGCCCAGCCGCACAUGGGAGUACUCAAGGAGUCCUGGGAGAGGAACAGCAAACGAGAGCUGCAGGCGGUGAAGAGUGCUCCUCUCAGCAACACCAGCGUCAACAAGCAGAGACUCAGCCACCAGACCCUAGCACUGCCUCCCCCUGCCGCUCUCCCAGACUGUGUGCAGUCAGCGCGUGCCCACCACCUCCCACUGCACUACUCAGCCUCUCUGCACCUGGUGGACGCUGGGCCCCCCCACUCACCGGCCCCCCCUCCUGGCCGUCCUGGACACGCCAACCAUGACACACACAGCCUCAGCUCAGAGGAGGAAGGCUCCAGCAGGUCCACUAAGUUGACGAUGGACGUGGGCUCCCUCCAAUCCCUGUGCUCCGCGUCAGCUGUGAGGGGCGGGAUGACCGCCAGUUGCUCCCCCCCCUCCUACGCAGGCCGCACCUACAGCCGACUCUCCACCGCCUCCUUCUGCCUCUCCGCACACCCCACGCAAACCACCGCCAGCUUCACUGAUGACCUGGAUCUGGACGAUGCCACGCUGUCAUCACAGGACGUCACCCAGUACCUGGAGAUCAGGCCUAAAACACACAGGCCAGGGGUUCUGACUGAAAACCUCACGCCUCGCCCCUUCACCCCAACGCCCACCUUCGGCUACAUCUGCAGUCCCUCGGAGGUGGAGGAUGUGACGGGGGGUGCUGUGCCCCAUCGAGGGGGCGCAGGGGCUGGGGGUGUGGGUGCUGGCGGGGGGCGGGCGCGCCUCAGGAGCACCCCCUCUUCCUGCUGCAGCGAAUGGGAGGGCUCCCUAUGGAACGCCUGGGGUUCCGUAUCCGAGGGCAACAUGGCGAGUGCCAGGACGAGUAUCAUUAGUUCAUCAGACUGCUCCUUCAUAAACGACGCGAACUUCGCACGCGUGCUAGCGCUCACCGCCGACUCUAUGGCAGGAGCAAGUCUAUCAGACUUCUCUCCUCCAGCGUCACCGCUUAACGUGAUCUUCCCCCCGCCGCGGGACUGCUUUGGAGACCUAGACCCCUUACCUGUAUGGGACUGGAGCACCACCUGGGUGGAGGAGAUGGAACAGCAGUACCGUGCCGGGCGGCCAGGGGGCAGCACCUACUCAGCAUCUGCAGCCGCCGCCGCUGCCGCCACUCUGUCCUCAGUACCAGACCACUGGGGGUACCACCGGCAGGCAGCCGGGGCAGGAGCCAGGCACCACAGCAAGAUGCUGUCUCACUCCUGAGCCUAUACACAGAAAAACAGUA